AUGCUUCAUGUCUCGCCGUCUUCCAGAAUCUGCGCUGACUUGCUCCUCCACGUUCCCACCCGGUCCGAGCACCCAAGCAGACGCUCUGUUGCAACGCAAUCUCCGCGCGGCUCAAAAAAAAAACGUGGCUUCGUUGCUAUCGCUUGCAUUUUGACACAUCUCGGUGGAAGCUAG